CGAGAGUUGGGGGGGGCCGCGCUAAGGGCCGAGCGGGAGGGAUGGCGACAUCUCGCGAGAGUUGAGGUCGGAGCUGCAGUGGCCGGCCUCCUGCUCAGCCCUGGACAGAAGGACGGAUCCUGCCGGCGAUGAGCCCCCCCGGUCCCUCCCAGAGGCAGCGGCCCCUCCGGCCUCUCCUGGGGAGCUGGGAGAAGCCGGGGAGGGGUCUCCGGGACCCCCAGGGCCGGGGGACGGAGCUUCUCCGAUGGAGGAGACCCCUGGAGAGGAGACCCUGGCACCCGAGGACACCCCUGGAGAGGAGGAGACCCCAGGACUUGAGGGGACUCUGCAGCCCACCGGGAUGUCCCCGAAGCUCGAAACCAGGGAGGUGAUGGAGGAAGAUGCCAAGGAGCUGCUCCUCGAGGACCGGGGGCCGUACUCCUGGUGCUACGACUUCACGCAGUGGCCCCAGCUCCUCACCGGCUCCUGGUCCGAAUUCAGCUCCAGGCCCGAGAACUUCCUAAAGGGCUGUAAGUGGGCCCCAGACGGCUCGUGCCUCCUCACAAACAGUGCCGACAACACCCUGCGCAUCUACAACUUGCCCCACGAGCUGUACAGCCAGGAGGAGGAGCCCGUCUACGCCCAGAUGGAUCCCGUGCUGCGCAUGGCGGAGGGCGACACCGUCUAUGACUACUGCUGGUUCCCCCUCAUGAGCUCGGCCCAGCCCGACACCUGCUUCGUGGCCAGCAGCAGCCGGGAGAAUCCCAUCCACAUCUGGGACGCCUUCACGGGUCACCUACGGGCCUCGUUCCGCCCCUACAACCACCUGGACGAGCUGACGGCUGCGCAUUCCCUCUGCUUCUCCCCGGACGGUUCCCAGCUCUUCUGCGGCUUCAACAGGACCGUGCGGGUCUUCGCCACCGAGCGGCCCGGGCGGACGUGUGAGACCCGCCCCACCUUCGCGAAGAAGCAGGGGCAGAGCGGCAUCAUCUCGUGCCUGGCGUUCAGCCCCACUCAGGGCCUGUACGCCUGCGGCUCCUACGGGCGCUCCCUGGCGCUGUACUCCCGCGACCAGGGCACCCUGCUGGCCCUGCUGGCCGGGCACCGGGGAGGCCUCACCCACCUCUGCUUCCACCCCGACGGCCACCGCCUCUUCUCGGGCGCCCGCAAGGAUGGCGAGCUUCUGUGCUGGGACGUGCGGCAGCCGAGCCGGGCGCUGCUGGCCCUCGGGCGGGAGGUCACCACCAACCAGCGCAUCUACUUUGACCUGGACGUCACGGGCCAGUUCCUGGUCAGCGGCAGCACCGCGGGAGCCGUGCACGUGUGGGACACCGGGCAGCUGCCCCCUGGGGCCGCGGACGAAGGGGGAGACCCGCCCCCGCUGCUGACCUUCUCGCCCCAGCGGGACUGUACCAACGGAGUCAGUCUCCACCCCAGCCUCCCUCUGCUGGCCACGGCCUCCGGCCAGCGCGUCUUUCCCGAGCCGGAGGACAGCGAGGAGGAAGGCGAGGAGCGGCGCCCCCUCCUAUCCCUCCGCCACGCCCGCACCGACUGCCGCCUUCAGCUGUGGUGGGCCGGGGGCGGCCCGGACACCGGACUCCCCGCCUCCUGAGGGGUCCGCGGGGGGCUGGGCCAGGGCGGUCCGACGCCGGUGUCCCCAACCCUCGAGCGGUCCGUGGCGGGGGGCGGGGACGGCCCGGUUGUCGGUGUCCCCGGCCUCCGAGGGGUCUGCUGGGGGGCGGCCCGGACACCCGCGUCCCCCUCCCCGUGGGGCUCAAGGGGGUGGUGGGGGCGGCCUGGACGUCAGUAUCCCCGGCUCCUAUGAGGUGAGCAGGGAAGGCCCAGGCACCGGAGUCCCCGGCUCCUAAAGGGUCCGCCCGGGGGGGGCGGCCGGCCACAGUGGAGGAAGGGGAAAGCGCGAAGGGGUCUAUAAAGGCGUUUUGUAUGACCUGGG